CCGCUGUCGCAGAGCACGCCCAUGGGGCUGGACCAGCUCGGGGGGCGCAUGCAGCACCUGCUCCGCAGGCGGGCUGAGAACGAGCAGGCUUCAAAGACCCUGAAGGUGCGCGGGAACUGCAGGAACGGCCGUCGAUGGAACCUCUUCAAGCCUGGAGCUGAGAAGCUGCAGAUCAGUCGGCUGAUCAGUGGUGGCUCCAUUGUCAGUGCUGAGGCAGUAUGGGAUCACGUCACCAUGGCCAACCGGGAGUUGGCGUUUAAAGCAGGAGACGUCAUCAAGGUCCUGGAUGCUUCCAACAAGGACUGGUGGUGGGGUCAGAUCGACGAUGAGGAGGGAUGGUUUCCAGCCAGCUUCGUGAGGCUGUGGGUGAACCAGGAGGAUGGGGUGGAGGAGGGGAGCAGCGAGGUGCAGAACGGGCACCUGGAGCCCGGGGCCGAGUGCCUGUGCCUGGGCAGGAGCGUGCAGAACCGCGACCAGAUGAGAGCCAACGUCAUCAACGAGAUCAUGAGCACCGAGCGCCACUACAUCAAACACCUCAAGGACAUCUGCGAGGGUUAUUUAAAGCAGUGCCGGAAGAGGAGGGACAUGUUCAGUGAUGAGCAGCUGAAAAUCAUCUUUGGGAACAUUGAGGACAUCUACAGAUUUCAGAUGGGAUUUGUGAGGGACCUGGAGAAGCAGUACAACAACGAGGACCCCCAUCUCAGUGAGAUCGGGCCGUGCUUCCUGGAACACCAAGACGGCUUCUGGAUCUAUUCUGAGUACUGUAACAACCACCUGGACGCGUGCAUGGAGCUCUCCAAGCUGAUGAAGGACAGCAGGUACCAGCACUUCUUCGAGGCGUGCCGCCUGCUGCAGCAGAUGAUCGACAUCGCCAUCGACGGCUUCCUGCUGACCCCCGUGCAGAAGAUCUGCAAGUACCCCCUGCAGCUGGCAGAGCUGCUCAAGUACACGGCCCAGGAGCACAGUGACUACAGGUACGUGGCUGCUGCCCUCGCCGUCAUGAGGAACGUCACCCUCCAGAUCAACGAGCGCAAGAGGAGGCUGGAGAACAUCGACAAGAUAGCUCAGUGGCAGGCCUCUGUCCUGGACUGGGAGGGGGACGAUAUCUUGGACCGCAGCUCGGAGCUGAUCUACACGGGAGAGAUGUCCUGGAUUUACCAGCCUUAUGGACGGAACCAGCAGCGAGUUUUCUUCCUCUUUGAUCACCAGAUGGUUCUCUGCAAGAAGGAUCUGAUCAGGAGGGAUAUCCUGUAUUACAAAGGCCGCAUAGACAUGGAUAAAUAUGAAGUGGUGGAUAUAGAAGAUGGGAGAGAUGAUGACUUCAAUGUCAGCAUGAAGAAUGCCUUCAAACUGCAUAACAAGGAGACUGAGGAAAUGCACUUAUUCUUUGCCAAGAAACUGGAGGAGAAGUUGAGAUGGCUUAGAGCUUUCAGAGAAGAAAGGAAGAUGGUAAAAGAAGAUGAAAAGAUAGGCUUUGAAAUUUCUGAGAAUCAAAAGCGGCAAGCGGCAAUGACAGUAAAGAAAGUCAGUAAGCAAAAAGGUGUGAGCUACUCCAAGUCGGUUCCUCCAGCCUACCCACCACCCCAGGAUCCAUUAAAUCAGGGACAAUACAUGGUGACAGAUGGCAUAUCCCAGUCCCAGGUCUUCGAGUUCACCGAACCCAGACGCAGCCAGGCACCAUUCUGGCAAAACUUCAGCAGGUUAACACCAUUCAAAAAAUAAUACCUAGAGAGAUGGAGAAUUUUAACUUAAAAGAACUAAAAUUUAAAAAAUAAAAAUAAAUAAAAUUAUAUUUA